CUCAUAGCCGUGGCGAAUAUAUGUCAGAUGUCAUAGUCAAAAAAUAAAUGCCAUUUCUCAAACUCUUACGAAAACACCCGAUAGCCCAUGCCAGAUCGCAUGCAGUUAUUUAACGUUUUUAACUAUCGAUGAAAUUUCAUCUCUGAAAAUAAAAGGAGUAUCAUCGCCACCCACUGAAAGAUUGAGGGAAAUAUAAACAACUACCACUACGAUUCAUUAAUUAAUAAAUAUAGAAAGGAGAGCAAAAUAUGCAGACAGGAAACGCAUCAGUCGGCGGAAAAGACUACAACUCCACUUCUACCUCCGCAUCCGCAUCCGCAGAUUGGCACUAUUGGUGUCGACUUUGCGCAAAGAUUGAUACACACAGUGAAAAUAUUUUCUAUGAACAUCAACCACAAAUAACUUACUCGGGGGGCAAAAGUGACGAUAAUAGAUGUACAAUGGCCGUAGCAAUAGGAAAAUAUUUUUGCGUACAAAUAAAACACGAUGACGAUCUGCCCAAACUAUUAUGCACAGAGUGCAUUUCAUUGGUAACAACCCUUCUAGAUUUCAAUGAACGUGUUGUUAAAGUGCAAGAAAUGUAUGCUGAACUGCAAAGGGCUCAAUUAAUUAACGAAACAGAUUUUCAGUCUAUUCGACUAAAAUAUGGAAUUUUGAAGGAAGAUCCAGCUCAAUUAUGCAAGCUCCAACAUGAAGAAGAUUGUUUUACUGAAAAGAUUGAUGAAGCAAGUGUGGCAAACAUGCACAAUUUUGAAAUCAAAUUAAUAACGGAAGUCUCAAGCGAUGGUAUCCAAACAGAUGAAGUUAGUCAUUCACUUGAAUUUGAAGGCACGGAAGGUGAAGAUCCAUUUGCCAGCGGAGUUAUCGUUGAGACCUCUGAAACCCAGACUCUUCGUGCAAUAAAAGAAUGUGAUGGAGAAAGUAAUGAUGGUAAAUUAUCUGAUUUCAUACCUCUGAAUGCAAAGAAUAAGUUAUUAAAAUCCGAAAUAAACACCAAUGAAAAGGGAGGAUCGUCAAAGAAAGAUAAAAAAAUGAAGUUAAUGGAUACUAAUCUUAAACGAUCUAACAAAAAUAGUUUUGACAAAAAGUUAGAAAAGUUUAUUACUAGCUCCGAGGUAAAGUCAACUGAUGACAAAUACUUUUGUAGCACCUGCUCCCUUCAUUUCCAACGUCCUGGCAAUUAUCGUAUACAUAUGAAGAAAAGACAUGGAAUGGCACUAGAACCUUUGACAUGCUCUCAAUGUCAUAAAUCUUUCAAGACAGUAUUCGAAUUGAAUUUUCAUAUAAAAACACAUCGCCCACUAUCAGAGAAACGAAUUCUUCCAUGCCCACAAUGUGACCGAAAAUUUCAGACAAAAGGUUCUGUAGCCAGGCAUAUAAAGUUUGUUCAUGAAGAUAUUCGUCCAUUUAUUUGUGAAGAAUGUGGUGAAGGAACGAGAACCGAAACUACUCUGCGUGAACAUAUGCUUAUACACACUGACCUGGCACCUUUUGAAUGUGAAGUAUGUAAGAAAUGCUUCAAAAAUCAGGCGCGUUUAAAGAAUCAUAUGCAGAUACACAGUUCCAGUAAGCACAUCUGCAGAGAAUGUGGCUUGCAAUUAAAUACUCGUGAAACUCUAAAUCGUCAUAUGCUCGUACAUUCUGAUAUUAUGCGUCAUAAGUGUGAUUAUUGUGGGCGAGCAUUUAAACGAGCCAAAACGCUAAAAAGCCAUUUAAUACUCCAUAGUGGUCUAAAGCCCUAUACAUGUGACUUUUGUGACAGAACCUUUGCUAAUGGGGCCAAUUGUCGUACUCACAAAAGGAAAUCACAUCCGGAAGAAUUAGCGGCAUUAGAGGCUUCAGGAGAAAAAACAUACACGAAAAAUAUACCCAGACUGGCCGCAUUAAAAACAGUAACAAAGCCUAUUUGUACUGUUGGCACAAAGGACUCCAAUUCGGUGAUAAAGAUAGAUGGAUCUGCUGAAACAGGACUUUCUGAAAGUAAAACAAUGUUUAAUACUAAUGAUUCAGACGCAGGCAACUUUCCGAAUGGAAGUAAUAAACAAUCAUCAUUUUGUAAACGAAGGCGCAGGCAAAGUUCCAUCUCGAUUGUCCCCACGGUGUAUAGAAUACUAAAGCUGCGAUUCAAAACUACUCAUUAUUCAUUAAUGAAUAUAGAAGAAGGGCAAGCCAUGCAAACAACAACGACAUCAGUCGGCGAAAAAAGCUUGAACACCACCUCAGCAUUCACAGAUUGGCACUAUUGGUGUCGACUUUGCGCAAAAAUUGAUACACACAGUGAAAAUAUUUUCUAUGAACAUCAACCACAAAUAACUUACUCGGGGGGCAAAAGUGACGAUAAUAGAUGUACAAUGGCCGUAGCAAUUGGAAAGUAUUUUUGCGUGCAAAUUAAACACGAUGAUGAUCUGCCCAAAUUAUUAUGCACAGAGUGCAUUUCAUUGGUGACAACCCUUCUAGAUUUUAAUCAACGUGUUGAUAAAGUGCAAGAAAUGUAUGCUGCACUGCAAAGUGCUCAAUUCAGUAACGAUACAGAUUUCCAGUCUAUUCGACUAAAAUAUGGAAUUUUGAAGGAAGAUCCAGCUCAAUUAUACAAGCACCAACAUCAAGAAGAUUAUUUUACUGAGACGAUUGAUCAAACAAAUAUGGCUAACAUGCACAAUUUUGAAGUUAAACUAAUAAAAGAAAUCUCGAAGGAUGACAUCCAAGACGAUGAAGUUGACUAUGCACAAGAACCUGAGGGAGCUGGAAAUGAUCCUUUUAUCAGAAAAAUUGGCGUAGAGACCGCUGAGGGCCAGCCAUUUUGUGCAAUAAAAGAAUGUGAUGAAGAAAGUAGUGACGGUAAACUUUCUAAUUUCAUAAAUUCUAAAGAAAAACAUAAGUUAUUCAAAACCAAAAUAUUCAUAAAUGAAAAGGGAGAAUCAUCAAAGGAAGAUAAUAACUUAAAACUAAUGGAUGAUAACCGUAAACGAUCUGGCAAAAGUAGUCAUAAGCAAAAGAUCAAAAAGUGCGUUCCUGAUGCCGAGGUAGGGUCAAUUGAUGACAAAUACUUUUGUAGCGACUGCUCACUUCAUUUUCAACGUCGUGGCAAUUUUCGUGUACAUAUGAAGAAAAGACAUGGAAUGGCACUAGAACCUCUGGCAUGCUCACAAUGUCCUAGAACCUUUAAGACUAUAUUUGAUCUGAAUUUGCAUAUAAAAACACAUCGACCACUCUCUGAGAAGCGAAUAUUUCCAUGUCCACAAUGUGAUCGAAAAUUUCAGACAAAAGGUUAUGUAGCGAAACAUGUAAAGUUUGUUCAUGAAGAUAUUCGUCCAUUUAUUUGUGAGGAAUGUGGUGAAGGAACACGAACGGAAGCUACACUACGAGUACACAUGCUUACACAUACAGACCUGGCACCAUUUGAAUGCGAAAUAUGUAAGAAAGGUUUUAAAAAUCGUACGCGCCUUAAGAAACAUAUGGACACGCACAGUUCUAAAAAGCACAUCUGCAGUGAGUGUGGUUUAAAACUGAAUUCUCGUGUGACUUUAAACUUACAUAUGCUCGUACAUUCUGAUGUUAUGCGCCACAAAUGUGACUACUGUGGGCGGGCUUUCAAACGUGCCAAAACGCUGAAAAAUCAUUUAAUACUCCAUAGUGGACUAAAACCUUAUUCAUGCGAUUUCUGCGAUAAAACUUUUGCCAAUGGGGCUAAUUGUCGUACGCACAAAAAAAAAACUCAUCCGGAGGAAUUAGCAGCGUUAGAGGCUUCAGGCGAAAAAACACAUACGAAAAAUAUACCAAAAUUGGCUGUACUGAAAACUGUAACAAAAUCAACCGAAAAUCUUAUCCCAGUUGUCUCCAAACAGAGUGGCAAUUUUUCUUUAGGUAGAAAGCCGAAACCUCCACUGGAUUAUACAGUUGACAGAAAACAGUCCAAUUCGUUGACAGGAGUAGAUGCGUCUGCUGAAACAGUGUUAUCGGGGAGCCAAACAUUUUUUAAAGAAAACAGUUUAGACAUGACUAGUCUUACGGAGAGGAAUAACAUACCAUCGUCGUUUUGGUAAAGAUAAAAAUUAUAUUAUUUUAAAUUUUUUAAACAAAUAAAUGUGCUUACAUUAAAAUCUAUUCGACUAGGUACUUGUCUUGAUAUCUCCUUCUAAUUUCAAUAAAUGAAAUGUAUGCAAAUGAUUACAGGUUAUAU